AUGGACAACAAGAAACAAGAAGCCCUAGUUGCCUCAGGAAUGGGCCGAUACCUGCUGUCGCAGGAUGUCCCCGUUCCUACCGUGAAGCCAGACACCAUCCUCUGCCGUGUGGUUGCGGUUGCUUUGAACCCCGCCGACUGGAAGAUGGUGGACUUCUCCGCCACCCCUGGUGCUGUCGGAGGGAAUGACUUUGCCGGCGAGGUCAUUGAGGUUGGGGAGGAAGUGACUCGAUUUCACAAAGGGGACCGCGUGUUUGCCAUGACUUUCGGCUUGAAUCCCAAUGGUAAGCACACGGGGGCUUUUGGACGUUAUGCUCUGGCCACUGCGGAUCUUGCGUGCAAAGUCCCCAUGGGAAUUUCAUGGGAAGAAGCAGCCAGUCUGGGACUCGCCAUUGGCACAGCGGGCACCGCUCUCUAUCACGCGUUGAGACUUCCAAUGCCCGACUCUCCUGCAAAGCAGCCACACUACGUGUUGAUUUCCGGGGGUGCCACGGCUACCGGAACGGUGGCUAUUCAGUUGCUGAAAGCCUCGGGUCUCACACCCAUCGUGACGUGUUCCCCUAACCACCGAGAGUUGGUCCUGUCCCUCGGGGCAGAAGAAGCCUUUGACUACCAGUCCGCGACGUGUGCCACGGAGAUCCGAAACUACACCAACAAUACGCUCGAGCAUGUCUUGGACUGCGUUACCGAGGCGGCCUCUAUGACGCUGUGCUACGAGGCCAUCGGGUCGGCUGGCGGCCACUAUAUUGCUCUGGACCCAUUCCCUACGCAUAUCCAAUACACCCGCCGGGAUAUCAAGGCCGAGUGGCUGAUGAUUUACUCGCUGUUUGGGGAACCCGUCAAACUUGACGGGGUUUAUGGUCGACCUGCCCGCCCCCAGGACCGAGAUUUCGCAGCCAAGCUGUUUCCCCUCGUGGAGGGCCUUUUGCAUGAGGGCCGGUUGCAACCGCAUCCGAUAGAGAUCCGCCACGGCGGACUGGGGGCCAUCGAGAGAGGGAUCGAGGAGUUGCGGAAGGGUCAAGUGCGAGGAAAGAAGCUGGCUUAUCCGCUUGCGUGA